UCUGGUUCUUUCUCCUUGUGAGCAAUCUCACUGGAGGACAAGAACGCUCCAUAACCAGCUACGGUUCACAUCAGCUUCUCAGAGUUUUUAAGUUCUUUUGUUUGUUUUUUAGAAAAAGUGUCUAUUGUCCAAACCCACCAUGAAAGCCACCAUAUUCUUCAUUCUCUUGAUCAUUUUUACUCAGCGUUCCAGGGGCCAGUACCACUACCAGGGUCUGAUGAACUACCUGGAAAACAGGAUGCUUGCUAUGGAGGAACGUAUUGCCCUGUGGCAUGAACAGAACAACCGCUACAAUUCUGAUCUGAAGGAAUUUAGGCAGCAAGCUACAGACCUGUUGGAGAAGUUAGGCAAAGAGUACACUAAACUGCAUUCAGACCUGGAGGCUGCCGCAGCGCAGGUGGACCGUGUGGAGCGUGAGAUGGACUACACUGAAACCAAGAAUCCUCCAAAGCCUUGUGUUAAAGCAGCAGACAAGAUGGUGGAACAGGAUGUGGUUGUUAAGGAGAGGAAGAAGGAAGAAUUCUUUGAGGUCUCUGUGUGCAUUAACAUUGUAUCCAGUAUUCGAGCAAUGAAGAUCCUUAAGAGACUGGGGAGUCCCAAAGGUGUCUGGACCAAAGAUGCCAUAUCAGCAAAAGUCUAUGUCUUUAACAGCACAUCUGAUAACACACUGUACGAGUUCAACUCCGUCCGAGAGCUCUCUGCAUCAUCUGGCAUAUCUAAAGGCAGACAAGUUACUCUGCCCUCUGCUUGGAAUGGAACCGGUCAUGCGGUAUAUGAUGGCUUCCUCUACUAUGUCUGUGAGGACUCUGAGCUCCGAGUUAUUAAAUAUGACCUCAGCAAUGGUUCAGUUGCAGACAGUGCAGUGUUUCCAGUAGAAGAUCACUCCCCAGUGUACAGCCUUAAUCCAGAGACUCUGAUAGACCUAGUGGCAGAUGAAGAUGGGCUAUGGGCACUAUACGCUGCUGGAGACACCAUCAAUCUAGCUAAGAUGGACUCCAACUCCCUGGACAUAGAACAGAUGUGGGACACGGCAUGCCCGAGAAACAACGCUGAAGCAGCCUUUAUUGUCUGCGGCACAGUCUAUGUGGUUUACAACACCAAGCCACCGAGCCGCUCACGUGUGCAGUGUGUGUUUGAUGUGAAUGACAUGGUAAGCAGUGGUGAGGCACCUCUGGUUUAUUUCUCCAGGCGCUAUGGGGGCCAUUCCAGCCUGAAAUACAAUCCCGAGGAGAGGCAGCUUUAUGCGUGGGAUGACGGGUACCAGAUUCUUUAUAAGCUCGCACUGAAGAAGAAGCUAUGGGCGAUUAUGCCCCCACCUGAGGAAUAGGUGUGCGUUUAAAGACACUGUGACAUCAAAAUGAGAGUUUUGUGGCUUGUAGUCCAUGUGUGUUUGCUUUAAGGCCAUUUAUAUGCAUGUUCACUUCAGUAUUGACAAAAUACACUUAGAUAUAGAUAUUUAAAUUACAGUCUCUACUUUCCGGAAAAUCAUUCAAAAAUAUUGAUGACUCAUGUUACACUACAAAGUUUUUUGUCCAAUCAGAUGAGAAUGUCACUCCCCCUGCAACCGACUAGCAAGUAGCAAAUCAUAGUUAAUGGCUUUGAACUAAAUAAAUUGUAGAUGAUGAGCCCUCUGAUAAAUCCUGCCUAAACUAACUGUUUAAAUGUGUAAUAUGUCGACACAGGUCAAGAAAAUGUACUUGCCAGGCAAUAUCAUGGUGUCUUUAAAGGGCAUACCAUUUCUGGCUUCAAAAUGUUUUUCUUUAACUUUAUUAAUGCACAGAUACAUUAUAUUGCUUUAGUUGCACAUUUUAUUAAAAACAUAUUA